AGAGUACUAGUAUAUUUUACAAAUAGCUGCGCCUUCCCUCCACAAUCCACAUAUAUAGCCGAACCAAAUUCCCUCCUCUCUUUUGUUUCUUCCUUUCUUCUUCUUCUUCUUCCUCUCCCCUUCAUUUUUUCUUUCCCUCGUUUUCUCCCCUUUCUCUCUCUUCCCGCUUUUUAAAUUCCCUCUCCCAAUAUCAGAUCUCAUUUUCUUCUCCUAUUCCUUUCCUUCCCUCUCCUCCAAUUCCAUUUUUUCCCACUCCCUACCCCCAACCACAACCCAAAACCUCAACAACCAAAAUAGGGUUUUCAAUUCCAUCAAUUUUCCCUCCACUAUUUCCACUAAAAAAUGAAAAAAGAUUGAAUUUUUAGGACUUUUAAACUCAAAAACCAAAAAGGGUUUUCAAUUCCAUCAAAUUUUCCUCUACUUUUGUUACUAAAUUUUUUGAAAGAUUGAAUUUUUCGGAUUUUUUUCUCAGCUGGGGUUGUUUAAAAAUCAAGAAUUUAGCAAAUCAUGCAACCCCAACAACAGCAACAGCAACCAUCUUUGAAGCGUCAGCUUCAGUUCUCAUCCAUUAAACCGGCUUUUGGUGAUUACCACCGGUUUUCCACAGACCCGGUUCAUUGUUCAUCUCAAGAACCUCCUGCAGGAAUUGUUGUCAAGACUCCUCCACUGAAGCGGAAGAGUGCGGCAGCAAAUUAUGGACAAGGGGUUGGUGACCAGAACCCAGUUUCUGAAUAUGCUAAUGUAAACAGUCCUGUGCAGACACCAAUGUCUGGAAAAGCUGGAAACACACAGAAAAUUCCUAAGACUUCGAAAGCCAGAUCUGCUUCUCAAGCUGUUGCAUCCAAUGCUGGAUCCCCUUCAGGCAAUGUUACCCCAGUUGGUCCUUGUCGAUAUGAUAGCUCCCUGGGUCUUCUAACAAAGAAGUUCAUCAAUCUAAUCAAACAUCCAGAAGACGGUAUGCUUGAUCUGAAUAAAGCUGCUGAUACAUUAGAGGUUCAGAAAAGGCGUAUAUAUGAUAUCACAAAUGUCCUGGAAGGCAUUGGUCUGAUAGAAAAGAAACUCAAAAACAGGAUUCAGUGGAAGGGUCUAGACGUCUCAAAACCAGGAGAAGCUGAUGAGAGUAUUGCAAGUUUACAG